CCGAGAGAUAAUUUCUGUCUUUUGUAAAAAUACAAACUCCAAACAAAUCCCAAGUGGACAACCGACGAACCCACACAAGCUAACCUCUCUCUUUCUUCAUCCGGCUAUUGUCCACAUACACUUGCAUUAUUUAUAUUUCUACACCCUCCUCCUUAUAUUUAUAUAUAUAGAAAUAUCUCAUUACAACAUCUCAUAGAACCUCACGAAGCAAACCAUUCCUCUUUCUUCUUUUAAGAGAGAGAGACAGAACCAUAGAAUAGUAAGAGAAGAAAAUACAAAAAAUGCCAACGUCGCUACAGUUUCAAAGAUCUUCCUCCGCCGCAGAAACAUCCAACGCCACCGUCAGCUCCUAUCACCACCACCACAAACAGAUUCAUAAAGUGAGCCUCACGCGUGGGAUGGCUGAUGUGCCGGAGCACGUGGAGAUAUUCCACACCCACGUGGUUAGUCCCUCUCAGUGCUUCUCCGUCGUGGUGCAAGACGUGGACGCUUCGGCUUCUGCCGUCUGGUCGAUCCUCAGUCGCUUUGAACACCCUCAAGCGUACAAACAUUUUGUUAGGAGCUGCCAUGUGGCUGUUGGAGACGGCCGAGAGGUUGGAUCGGUGAGAGAGGUCCGAGUUGUCUCGGGUAUCCCCGCUACGUUCAGCUUAGAGAGACUCGAGAUCAUGGACGACGAUCGCCUUGUCAUCAGCUUCAGCGUCGUGGGUGGAGACCACAGGCUUCAGAACUACAAGUCGGUGACGACGGUGCACGAGUGUUCGUCGACGGAGGACGGUAAAAAGAGGGCACGUGUUGUGGAGUCAUACGUCGUUGACGUACCGGCAGGUAACGAUAAGGAAGAGACUUGCAGCUUCGCAGAUACUAUUGUACGUUGCAACUUGCAAUCGCUGGCUAAACUCGCCGAGAACAAGCGUAAAUAAUAGUAAUCACUUUUGUUUAGUUAUUUUGUUUUGUUUUCUAUGAUAUUUAAAUUUCUAUAUUCUCUCUUUCAAAAUUUAUCAUCUUUCUUUUUUCUCUAGGUGGGUUUUGGCUGUAGAUUAGUUAAUAACUAUCGUCCGGGAUUUUUAGAAACUACAAAAUAGUGGUUUUGGUUUUUCGAAGUUAGGGUUUCAGGGUUUGUUAAAUGUUCGUUUACCCUUAAAUCCAUUUCUUUUUGAUGAACGUUUUUGUAUAGUCUAUUGCAGCUUUAUUAUAAACGAAACACUGAUUUUAGUUUA